AUGGAUCAUAAACAUACUCACUUCCACACCACUCCCCUUGCCUUCGCACUCACCGUCUCUUGCUUCCUCUGCAUCGCUUUGCCAUAUUCCCACUCUCAACCAUCUCCACCGUCACCGCCACCUCCACCUCCACCGCCCCAACUUUGUUCUCAUCAGUUAUAUUGGUGCAACAUAAGAGUCUCCGCCAUCUUCGAUCCUCCCUGGGAAAAGAUUCCGCCCUCUCAAUGUAACGGCGCCGACCCAUCAUCCCUGCUCAGCUGCCAUAGUGGCUAUGGAUCUCAAAAUUUCACAGUGAAGGAUAUCGACAAUACCACUCACACCAUGAAAGUGAUGCCAAGAGCCCCUGUCAACCAAGUCUGUUCUUCUCAAUUUUUUGACGGCUACCAGAACUUCGAUUACGACAACUUCAAGGCUCUGCUCCCGUAUAACGCACCACUGCAUAAAAUCAUUAUAUUUGAACAUUGUCCUACAAUCCCAAAGUUCCCUUCAAAACGAAACUUUACGUGCGGGGAUGUUCUGUAUUAUUUUGAAGAGGGGUACACGGAAAAGGAGAUGCUCGACAGAUACCCACCGCUUAAGGAUUGCAAGGGGGAAACUUUUGACGUGCCAGCUGCCCGUCCUCUGGAUCAUUACAAGGAUACUGAUGACGGUGCUGGAGUUCUGGAAGAAGCUCUCAAUGAUGCGUUUGAGGUCUACUAUAGUAUUCCUGAUGGUUGCACAAGAUGCAGUGAAAGUGACGAAAGUUGCUCUGGUUAUGAUGAACAUGUAGUUUCAUGCAACUACUAUUGCCUAAAUGAACAGUGUUCUCCCGAAAAAA